AUGAGCACCCCAUGCCUGGAUGUUAGAGUUUAUGUUGGCGUGCCCUCAGAAGCGCUAGUCCAGGGCACCAUGCUGGUACUCUAUCCCUUGGUUUUUGCCUGCUGCUGUCUUGUAGGUGGAAUGGCAAUAAAGCCUGCAAUAACUACCAAAUCAGGGGUUCCCAGAGAUGGGCUCGAGGAUCAAGGCCCCCCUCACCCCUUGCAACACCACCGUGUAGUCUUCACAGAAAAUGGCUCGCUCUGUGCCUUUCCCUUCCGGCUCAGGGGCAAGUUGUUUCGGACAUGUGUGCCAAGCAAGCGGUCAGGUAAAAGCUGGUGUGCUACCACCCCCAAUUACGACAAGGAUAACCUAUGGGAAUAUUGUGAAGAGAUUAAGCCUCUAGCACACGAUUAUUGUCAGGAUCAUGCGUGCUGGCAUGGGGGUGCCUGUGUCAAUAAUCCCAGCGAACAGAACUAUACGUGUCUGUGCACCGAACCAUUCACAGGAGACUUCUGUGAGAAACAGAAAUGCUUCGAAAGACGGCAUCUGAGAUACUACAACAUUGGAGAGACGUGGACCCGAGUUCUUCACGGUGACAUUGAAAGAUGUUUCUGUGCCGAAGAUGGGAUUCAUUCGCAGCUCUUAAACUCAACAGACUGUGAGAUCAACCUGUGCCUCAACAAUGGAAUGUGCCGGAAGGUUCAGGCCACUGGGGAGAGAGUGUGCUCCUGCAGCAAUGGACACGCGGGGAAGAACUGCGAAAUAGAUACUGCCUCCCGCUGCUACAAGGACAAAGGGACCCUCUAUCGAGGGAAGGCCAAGUGGACUGCCUCAGGAACUGACUGCCUACCUUGGACGUCCAGCUUCAUAAGCAUGGAGUUAGACAUGGGAAGCCUGAAGGAGCCUCACAUGUUGGGUGUGGGUGACCACCCCUACUGCAGAAACUUCGACAACGACGAAGCACCGUGGUGCUACACGCUGAUGAAUGACACCGUCUCCUGGGAUUAUUGCAUGCUACCGCGCUGUCCAGUGCAAGAUCCCUGCCUUUCAAAUCCCUGUCAAAACGGAGGGACCUGCAUCAGUGAUGCCCUGCAGAAAUCUUACUACUGCCAGUGCAGUGAUCAGUACUCAGGUGUCUACUGCCAGGCAGAGACAUGCUUGGAGAAGACCCACCAUAGAUACUUCCGCAUCAGAGAGAGAUGGAACCGGUUUGUCGAUGGCAAAGUAGAAAGUUGUGUGUGUGCCGAGAAUGGGUCAGAGUGCCAAAGCGUCGCAAGCAAAGAUUGUGAGGUCAAUCCAUGUCUCCAUGCUGGAGAAUGUCGAUCUAUCCAAGGAACGGCAGAGGCCAUCUGUGGCUGCCACAGCAACUUCGUGGGGAAGUACUGUGAGAUAAACAAGAACGAAAACUGCUAUGAAGACAACGGGGUGACUUACAAAGGCACAGAGGAUGAGAGUGAGUCAAACAUGGAGUGCAUGCCAUGGAAGGAGAGCUUCCUGCGAAACAAUUUAAACGUCAGCAACUUGGAAAAAGCUCUCUGGCUGGGACUGGGUGAUCAUUCCUAUUGCAGAAACCCAGAUGGGGAUAAACAGCCCUGGUGCUAUGUAAUGUUGGACAACCAUAUCUCCUGGGAGUACUGCAACAUUCCAAAGUGUGGUACAGCAAGCAUCAUCCCAAGGAGAUUUCCUGCUGUUGCCAGGUCAUUGGCGAGGAAGCUUCCAAGGCGAUCACCCACGUGUGGUGUACGGCACCUUAAGAACUUCCGCCCGAGGGUUGUCGGAGGGACCACAGCGAUGCGAGGUUCUCACCCUUGGAUUGCAGCCAUUUACAUGGGAAAGAUGAUCUGUGGUGGAACUCUCAUUGCUCCCUGCUGGGUGGUCACUGCUGCCCACUGCUUCCUCCACAGUCCACUGGAGUCGUCUAUCCACGUUGUAUUGGGCCAACAAGAUUUUAAUAAAACUGACAAGAACACUCAGGAAUUUGAAGUCCAGAAAUACUUUUUACACCAUGCCUACAGUAUAUAUGAAGAAAAUGUACACGAUAUAGCCCUUAUCAAACUGAAGAAGGUGUCAAAGCAGUGUGCAUUCAAGUCACACUAUGUACAGCCAUUGUGUCUACCAAGUGAGAACGACUUCUUCCCGGCAGGUUCUAUGUGCCAGGUCACUGGGUGGGGACACAUGAAGGAAGAUGCUUCUGAAUAUGCCAAGACUUUGCAGGAGGCGUCCAUCCCCAUCAUUUCCCGACAGCAGUGUGCCAGCAGCCUCUACUACGGCAGUAAGGUGACGCCCAACAUGAUCUGCGCUGGAAACCUGGAUAAAGGCAUUGACACCUGUCAGGGAGACUCUGGAGGGCCUCUGGUGUGCUACAGAGACAACGUCGGAUAUCUGUAUGGGAUUGCCAGCUGGGGAGAGGGCUGUGCUGCAGAAAAUAAACCGGGCGUCUACACGAAUGUGCCCUAUUAUGUAGAGUGGAUCUACAGCAUCAUCAAACGCAGGCCGAAGUACACCAAGGGCUGAAGGCUGGGGCAACCGAGACUGCACUUUGCUCAAAUGAUGAAUUCAACUAUAUUCUUCUUUCAAAGUACAUUUAUUGCUUAAUUUUUCAAAUCUGAGGUUUGGAGCAAACACUGUGAAGUUCAAGCAACACACACACAAUGCUGGAGGAGCUCAGCAGGCCCGGCAGCAACUACAGAAAAGAGUAAUCAGUCGGCGUUUUGGGCCGAGACCCUUCAGCAGGACUGGAAAGGAAGGGGAAGAGUCAGAUUAAGAAGGUGAGGGGAGGGGAGGAAUAAGUACAAGGUGAACGGUGACAGUUGAAACGGAGAGGGGAAGGGGUGAAGUAAAGAGCUGGGAAGUUGAUUGGUAGGAGAGACAAAGAGCUGGAGAAGGGGGAAUCUGACAGGAGAGGACAAGAGACCAUGGAAGAAAGGGAAGGGGGAGGAGAUGGGCAGGUAAGGAGAUAAGGUGAGAGAUGGAAACAGGAAUGGGGAAUGGUGAGGGGGGAAUUACCGGAAGUUCAGGAAAUCGAUGUUCAUGCCAUCAAGUCCUGAAGAAGAAUUUCACCUCGAAAUGUCGAUUGUUUACUCUUUUCCAUAGAUGCUGCAUGUUCUGCUAAGUUCUUCCAGCACUUUGUGUGUGUGUUGCGUUGCAUCAUCUGCAGAUUUUCUCGUGACUGGGAAAUUAAAUCUUAAUUCUGGCUGGACCAGGGUUGCAAUUUGGACCAGGGUCUUUUGUGAAAUAAGAAAUUAGUGUCCAGCUCAUGGCUGCAAAUGCAUUAUAAAAAAGAAAUUAUGGUGUCAUUAAAAAUGUAUUCUCUUGGAAUGCUCGUGUAUUGUUUGUUACUAAGAAUAUUGGGAAUGGCAAUUAAAAGCCUCUGUGAUUUAUAAUUAAUUUGAAAAUCAAAGAAAAAAACUGCAGGUAUUGAAGGAGAAAAAGAAAAUGCUUAAAGCACUUAGCAGAUCAGGCGGCAUCUGUGGUGAAGGAAAACUUGAACGUUUCUAGUAGAAGACCCUUUCAAGUUCAAGUUCAGCUUAUUGUCAUUUUAACCAUACACACCUAUACUGCCAAAUGAAACAAUGUUCCUCCAGACCAAGGUGCACAACACAGUGCGUGUAACUCGCACACUACAUACAUUGUAAAGUAAUAUUAUCACCAAUAAAGUAACAAGUUAUAAGGUGCAUUUACAUUGCAAGUUAAAAGUAAACAGUAUAAUGCUACUGUUUCAUACGUGGUGAGACUUGGGUGGUGGCAGGGAAUUCUGUAGUCUCACGACCGGGGGAAGAAGGUG